CUCACUUAGCAAAUUUCUUGAAUUCUAAUCAAGAAUUUGGUAGCACCAUACUUGGUCAAUAGAGUGAGUAAGUUUUGUUAUCAAAGUAAUACCUUAAUUUUGCAUGUUGCUUUCACUUUAAAUAUAAUUUAAUUUCUCUUCACUUUAAAAAGAAAAAGAAAAAGAAAAAACUUCUUUGGAGUGAUUAUGAAGCCGGCAACAAGCUCACUAUCACCACCAGUCAAAGUCAAACCUUCAAUUUCGGUGACUCGGCGUUUCUCCUCCUCCUCCACCGCCGCCUUUGUUUGCCGCCGCAGUGAGAUCUGGAUGGCGAAUCAUAAUCUGAAAACGACGGAGAAUCACCUGAGACAUGUGGAGUCAAUGGCGACAUUGCCGAAUGGUGCUGGUAAAAUUCCUCGUCUUAACGCCGUUAUAUUAGGAGAAUCUUUAGCUUCUGAAGAGGACGAUCUUGUUUUUCCUAACGAUGACUUCUCACGACGAGCUCUUCUGUCGUCUCCUCAACAGUAUUUGGAGAUGUACAAGAAGUCCAUUGAAGAUCCGGCAGGAUUUUGGUCGGAGAUUGCUUCUCAGUUUUACUGGAAACAGAGGUGGGGCCAAGGUCAACCGGUUUGCUCCGAGAAUUUUGAUGUUCGCCAAGGGAGUAUCAAGAUCGAGUGGUUCAAGGGAGGUGUCACCAACAUUUGUUAUAACUGUUUGGAUAGAAAUGUUGAAUCUGGAAAUGCUAAUAAGAUUGCUCUUUAUUGGGAGCCUAAUGAGCCUGGCUCUGAGGAUUCUUUAACCUAUUCUCAGCUUCUUCAAAGAGUUUGCCAGCUAGCCAAUUACUUGAAAGAUAAAGGUGUUAAGAAGGGUGAUGCUGUUGUGAUUUAUUUACCUAUGCUCAUGGAACUUCCUAUUGCAAUGCUCGCUUGUGCCCGCAUUGGUGCUGUUCACUCGGUUGUGUUUGCUGGAUUUUCUUCUGAAUCUCUUGCUCAAAGAAUUGUGGAUUGCAAACCAAAAGUUGUAAUUACUUGCAAUGCUGUUAAAAGAGGUUCUAAAGUUAUUCCCCUUAAGGACAUAGUUGAUGCUGCCCUUGUCGAAUCUGCUAAAAAUGGUGUUUCUGUCGGUGUAUGUUUGACCUAUGAAAACCUAUCUGCUAUGAAGAGGGAAAGCACUAAAUGGCAGGAUGGAAGAGAUGUAUGGUGGCAGGAUUUUGUGCCUAAUUAUCCAACUACUUGUGAAGUGGAGUGGGUUGAUGCAGAAGAUCCACUUUUUCUGCUAUAUACUAGUGGGAGCACAGGAAAGCCAAAGGGUGUUCUCCAUACAACUGGAGGAUAUAUGGUUUACACUGCCACAACAUUCAAGUAUGCAUUUGAUUAUAAGCCAUCUGACGUCUACUGGUGCACAGCCGACUGUGGUUGGAUCACCGGGCACAGCUAUGUAACGUAUGGACCGAUGCUCAAUGGAGCAACUAAUGUCAUUUUUGAAGGGGCUCCCAAUUAUCCUGAUUCUGGACGCUGUUGGGAUAUUGUUGACAAAUUCAGAGUGACAAUAUUUUACACUGCCCCCACAUUGGUGCGGUCCCUCAUGCGUGAUGGUGAUGAGUAUGUUACUCGCUAUUCACGUAAAUCCUUAAGGAUCCUUGGAAGUGUAGGCGAGCCUAUUAAUCCAAGUGCUUGGAGGUGGUUUUUCAAUGUAGUUGGAGAUUCACGAUGCCCUAUAUCGGACACUUGGUGGCAAACUGAAACUGGUGGUUUUAUGAUUACUCCACUACCAGGUGCUUGGCCACAGAAGCCUGGUUCUGCAACCUUUCCUUUCUUUGGAGUUCAGCCUGUGAUAGUGGACGAAAAGGGUGUUGAGAUUGAAGGAGAGUGUAGUGGAUAUCUCUGUGUGAAAAGCUCAUGGCCUGGGGCAUUCCGAACUCUUUAUGGCGAUCACGAAAGAUAUGAAACCACUUACUUCAAGCCAUUUCCUGGCUAUUAUUUCAGUGGUGAUGGCUGUAGCAGGGACAAGGAUGGAUACUACUGGCUUACUGGAAGAGUCGAUGAUGUUAUCAAUGUUAGUGGUCAUCGUAUUGGCACAGCAGAAGUGGAAUCUGCUCUUGUAUCUCAUCCCCAGUGUGCAGAAGCUGCUGUAGUUGGCGUUGAGCAUGAGGUUAAAGGACAGGGCAUUUAUGCAUUUGUCACACUUGUGGAGGGCGUUUCUUACAGUGAAGAACUCCGAAAAAGUCUUAUCCUCACAGUCCGAAAUCAAAUAGGAGCAUUUGCAGCACCAGACAAAAUUCACUGGGCUCCUGGCCUUCCGAAGACAAGAAGUGGAAAGAUAAUGAGGAGGAUUCUGAGAAAAAUUGCUUCCAGGCAGUUAGAUGAACUUGGGGACACAAGCACUCUGGCAGAUCCAAAUGUGGUUGACCAGCUUAUAGCACUUGCUGAUAGCUGAAGCUCCUAACUUAUUUCUAAGAUGUUUCUCAGUUCUAUUGGCAGCUUUCACCAGAACUGGUCCGCUAUAGAGGAAUUUUUUAAAAUUUGAUUGUCCUUCACUGUUACAUGCUGCACUGGGUUACCUGGAAUUGAGUAUAAGUAUUUUGAAUUUGGCCCAAAUGUACUGUUUGUGCGUACUAAGAAACAUUUGCUUUGAAUUUGUGAAACUUAUAGGUAUACUCAACACAACAGAUUUGGGCUGGAUCCAGAUGCUUAUAGUCCUUCCGAGGGUAGUAUUUACUUGCGCACAUUGUUACAUUUUGUAUUUUCAACUCAGUAAUGCAGGCUCAGUGCAAGGGAAAGAAUAAUAAUAAAGACAAUAAUGCAGGCAAGUCGUGGAGUCUCUAAACGAUUUACAUGCUUAACAAAGUGUGUCCAGCUCUGUCUUAUUCAAUGUAAUUUACCUGUUAUAGGAUAGUCGAAAGUAAUGAAUAUGAACUACAGCCAGAGCCAUGGCUCGUUUUCAUUUUGUUUA